UCCCCGCCCAUAAAUUCCCCUACCCCUUUAGGGUUUCAUCAUUCCUUCCUUCGCUUCCUCUCGUUUUGCUGUACGGACUUCAAUCGCAAGAACGAGCCCCGAAAUUGAUAGAGAUUCGGCGCAUAUUCUCAGAUGGGUGUUUGCUAAGAUUUCGAUUCGAUCCCUCCGCGGUCGAGAAAUCCGAUAAAGCCGCGAACUUUCGCCAUUUCCGUACCUGGGUCUCGGCGUUCUUUGCCGUAGGAGGAUCAAGAAAGAUGCCUGCGACGGAGUACCAGGGCUCGUACAUUGGCCGGUCGAUCCUGAGCUUUCGGCGCGACCAGGCCGUCCAUUCCGUGGACCCGACCCACGAGGCGACGAGCGCCGAGCUGGAGAUGGAGGCCUUCCAGAAGCAGGUCGCCGACCGGUUUCUUGAUCUGUCGUCGGCCGGCCCGGAGGAGCUGCUCUCGCUCCCGUGGAUUCGGAAGCUGCUCGACGCGUUCCUGUGCUGCCAGGAGGAGUUCAGGGUGAUCAUGUUCAAUCACAAGUCCCAGCUGUCGAAGUCCCCCAUGGACAGGUCGAUUGCCGAUUUUCACGAGAGGAGCAUCAAGGCCCUGGACGUCUGUAAUGCGAUCCGGGACGGGGUCGAGCAGGUUAGGCAGUGGCAGAAGCUCCUGGACAUCGUCCUGUGCGCGCUGGACAGCCGGAAGAGCUUGAGCGAGGGCCAAUUCCGCCGCGCGAAGAAGGCGCUGAUCGAUUUGGCCAUCGGGAUGCUCGACGAGAAGGAGGCCGGCGGGUCGGGGGUGGCGGCGCACCGGAACCGGUCCUUCGGCCGCAGCAGCGUGUCCCGGGACCACCGCUCGCUGGGCCAUUUCAGGUCGCUCUCCUGGAGCGUCUCCAGGUCGUGGUCCGCCGCCAGGCAGAUUCAGGCGAUCGGGACCAACUUGUCUGCCCCGAGGGGGAACGAGAUCGUGGCCACCAAUGGCCUCGCCGUGCCGGUCUUCACGAUGAACUCGGUCCUCCUCUUCGUGACGUGGGCCCUCGUGGCGGCGAUCCCCUGCCAGGACCGCGGGCUGCAGGUGCAUUUCUCCAUCCCGAGGCAGUUCGCCUGGGCCGCGCCGAUCCAGUCGCUCCACGAGAGGAUCGUGGAGGAAUCGAAGAAGAGGGAGAGGAGGAACGCGCGCGGAUUGUUGCGGGAGAUCCAUCAAAUCGAGAGGGGCGCGAGGAUAAUGAGCGAAUUGGUGGAUUCGGCCCAAUUCCCGCUGUCGGCCGAGAAGGAAGAGGAGGUGAGGCAGAGAGCGGAGGACCUGGCGGAGGUGUUUGAGGCUGUGAAGGAUGGCUUGGAUCCAUUGGAGAAGCAAGUACGAGAGGUCUUCCAUCGGAUUGUGCGGAGCCGCACCGAGGGGCUCGAUUACAUCGGGAGCGCGAACCGUUCUGAGUAGAGGGAGCGGUCUCGACGGUCGGACUUUUGUAAAGAAAUAUAUAUGAAUGUAGCAUAGGGGAAGAACCUUACUGGGUUCUGUGCUUCCUUUACUGUUUUGUUCAUGAUCUAAUAAUGUCUUGGAGGAAGGUAUAUGACAUGUCUUACAUGUGUUUUGGGUAAAUUUUGGUGUUUGAGCAUCUGUAUAAUUAGGCCGUUCUUGUUCUAUGCUCCUUCUUUUUGCUC